AUGGCAUCCAACCAAGUCCCCGCGUGCCCGUCUCCUGCGGUCCGCAUCAUCGAAGUCGGUCCACGCGAUGGGCUCCAGAACAUCGUUCAAUCGGUCCCAACGUCCGCAAAAGUCGAACUAAUAACUCGACUACAUGCGGCCGGACUGCAGAAUAUCGAACUCACAUCCGCCGUCUCACCCAAGGCCAUCCCUCAACUGGCCGACAACAAAAAGCUGCUUUCCGACCCAUCUAUCAAGGCCUUAAUCGCGCAAAGUGGCCUCCGCCUACCAGUGCUCGUCCCGAACACCAAAGGCCUGGACAUCGCAGUCCAGCACGGCGUGAAGGAAGUCGCCGUCUUCGUCAGCGCCAGCGAAGGCUUCAGCCGGGCCAACACCAACUGCACCGUCGCGGAGGGCCUCCAACGCGCACGCAGCGUCGCAGACGCCGCAAAGAAGCUCGGUCUGCAAGUCCGAGGCUACGUCUCCACCAUCUUCGCCUGCCCCUACUCCGGCCCCACGCCCCCCUCCGCCGUCCUCUCCUGCAUCCGCCAACUCCUCGCCAUGGGCUGCUACGAAGUCAGCCUAGGCGACACGACCGGCGUCGGCGGGCCGCACGACGUGCGACAACUCCUCUCUUACCUCUUCGCACACCCCGACAUCCGCCCGGACGUCCUCGCGGGGCAUUUCCACGACACGCACGGGCAGGCCGUGGCGAACGUGUGGCAGGCGUACCUGUGCGGCCUGCGCGCCUUCGACAGCAGCGUCGCCGGCCUCGGCGGCUGCCCCUUCGCCGGCCCUGGCGCCAAGGGCAACGUCGCGACCGAGGAUGUGGUGUAUUUGUUUCGGCGGGCGGGCGUGAGCACGGGUGGGGUGGAUUUGGGGAGGGUGGCGGAGACGGGGGCGUGGGUGGCGAGGGAGGUGCUGGGGAGGGGGUAUGAGUGUCGGGCGGGGGGCGCGGUGUUGCUCGCGGCGGCAUCGGCGUCGCUGCGCGGAAAGGAGGAGGAUGGUGGCGGCAAGAAGCUGCUCGAUGGCCGGAGGAAGAGGGAAGAUGGAUGCACUGGCCCCCCUGCGGAGCCGAUGUUGUGGAAAGAGCAUUCCGGAGGCACCGAUGGCCUGAAGCUGUACCGGAGCGGCGCGAGUCUUAAGAUCGUCCUGGACAGGCCGAAGAACGGCAACGCUCUCACGACGCCUAUGAUUUCCGAGCUCACAAGGACGUUCCAGACCGUGGCUUCGGAUCCUUCUGUUUCGCGUGUUGCCAUCACGGGCAACGGGAAGUUCUUUUGCACGGGCAUGGAUCUUGGAAAAGGGACGACGCCGGUGUCGCAGAGCGAGGACCAAAGCAAGGCACAGUUCAAGCGGCUGACGGAGCUGUUCGAAACUAUCGACACUUGCCCAAAAGUGACUGUUGCAUGUUUGAACGGGCCGGCAUUCGGGGGUGGCGUUGGGCUGGCGUUCGCUUGCGAUGUCAGAAUCGCCGCGAGGGAUGCCAGAGUUACGCUGAGCGAGGUGAAGCUGGGACUAUGCCCCGCGACAAUCUCGAAAUACGUUGCACGAGAAUGGGGUCCGGCGUUCACGAGAGAGGCCAUGCUGACUGGCAGGCCGAUAUCACCUUCAGAGCUGAAAGCCGUGGGUGCCAUCGCCGGCGUGGUGGAAGAGCGAGAGCAGUUGGACGAGGCUUUGGACCGGUACCUUCUUCGCUUGAAAACUUCCGCCCCUCGAGCGUCGACACUGUGCAAGCAGCUUGUCAGGCUUAGUGCUGAAGACAGCGGAGGUGAAGCUCAAAGUCGUGGUAUUGCAACUGCCUUCGAGGAGAUGAUGGGGCAAGAGAGCGAGGCCGCUUUUGGUGUCCGUGAAUUCCAGGCGGGACAACGUAACGUGGACUGGGACAAAUAUGUGAACUCGAAGACUAGAUCUAGAUUGUAG